GCCACUCGCGCACUAUGUCAUGCACCUUUGACCUAUAGAUGGGGGUUGAGUCGUCACGUCGUCGCUUUUCGUUUGUAGCGUCCAUCUGUCAAAGCGUCGUCGGCGCGGUCAUUACUAAUAUUCAGUCGAGACUAAAGUAACGUUUAGUGCCUUUUCUCAUUGGCUUCUUUGGGUUAUUGGAUUACAACUGGUCGCCAGAACGCAUACAGCGACUGUUUUUGGGCUGACGAGUGCCACAACGCAUCACUUUUAGCCAGGAUGGAGUUAAUGUUGGACACCGCUAAGAGCCAGGGUCAGACCCAGAGCCAGGGGGGUCAGACUGUCUCUCCUCCCUCAAUCUUCCCCUAUCGUUUCACCUCGGACGGGCGUCUGUGUCACCGGGUCACCCAGGAGCCCUUCAUGUUCCAGCGGAGCUGUGACCCAGACGCCGCCCAGAGAGAGGACCAGGCCUUAUGUCUCCACGUCACCCAACACGUUCACUCUCUCCUGGAGGAGCAGCUGCACCUCUUCAGGCUCUACCUCCCACCCCUCAGCAAGGAGGUCGACCUCCCUCCUCCAUCUCUCAGCAAGGAGGUCUACCUCCCUCCUCCAGCAGAGCCUCAGGGGCAGGGGGACCACAGGGUCUACUUUAGCCCCCACCGAGGAGCCCCCAGCCAGGGCUACGUGUACCUCUCCCCUGGGGCCCUGGAGAGCCCUGCCACCCUGUUGGUGGUGGUCCAGGACCGGGGAACGAUGCGCUGCGGGCUGUGGAGCUGGAGGGCUGCUGCCAGCCGAGGUCUGGAAAGAGGCAGCAUGAUCCCCUACGUGAAGAGGGUCCUAGAAGAGGGCAGCUCUGUCCUCCUGAUGAACCCCAACCAGGGAGGAGGUGUUGGGGAGACUCCGGAGGAGCACGUUCACCGCGUCUGGGACCUCCUGGUGUCGCGCUGCGUCUCCCGGCGUGUCGUCGUGGUAGCGCACGGUUACGGAGGCCUGGCGUUCGUGGACCUGCUGUGCCGACGCCCACAACAAGUGGUGGGGCAGGUGUGGGCGGCGGCCUUCCUGGACUCCUCCCACAGCCUGUGGCACCAGCCGUUGGACGUGGUGGGCCGGGAGUGGCUGAGGACACGCUCUAGGAGGUGGGUACUGAGCUCCAAGCCCCUGAACCAGCCGGUGGGGUCACUGAAAGCAGGAUGCCCUCAGAUGUCAGCUGGGACACAGAGUCAUGACGCGGCGCCAUCUGUCUGCAUGGAGUCUGUGUUCAGGUUCUUCUCCAAAACGCUGAGUCCUAAACCACCCACCACCUUCAGUAUGGUGACCCGCAGCAGGGGGCACAGUGGGACAGAUCAGACCUCACAACAGGAGAGGCAUCGCCAGGCCUUACUGACAGCACCAGUGGGACAGAUCAGACCUCACAAUGGGAGAGGCAUCACCAGGCCUUACUGACAGCACCAGUGGGACAGAUCAGGCCUUACUGACAGCACCAGUGGGACAGAUCAGGCCUUACUGACAGCACCAGUGGGACAGAUCAGACCUCACAACAGGAGAGGCAUCACCAGGCCUUACUGACAGCACCAGUGGGACAGAUCAGGCCUUACUGACAGCACCAGUGAGACAGAUCAGGCCUUACUGACAGCACCAGUGGGACAGAUCAGACCUCACACCUGGAGAGGCAUCACCAGGCCUUACUGACAGCACCAGUGAAGUACAGGAGUACAGUGGGAAUUGAGUAUUUAUCUUAUGGUCAGAAAGACACGUCUAAUUCAUUUUACUGGAUUCUGGAUGAGGUUAUCCUAAAUAUUUAGUUUCAUUUUGCUCAGACACUCCAGGUCAUCCUAAAUAUUUAGUUUCAUUUUGCUAAGACACUCCAGGUCAUCCUAAAUAUUUAGUUUCAUUUUGUUAAGACACUCCAGGUCAUCCUAAAUAUUUAGUUUCAUUUUGCUAAGACACUCCAGGUCAUCCUAAAUAUUUAGUUUCAUUUUGCUAAGACACUCCAGGUCAUCCUAAAUAUUUAGUUUCAUUUUGCUAAGACACUCCAGGUCAUCCUAAAUAUUUAGUUUCAUUUUGCUAAGACACUCCAGGUCAUCCUAAAUAUUUAGUUUAAUUUUGUUAAGACACUCCAGGGUCGGACUUGUCGACAACAGAUUGUGGAUAAAUACUUUUUUUUCAUCUUACUAUCUGUAAAAUACUAAAGACAUUUAUGUAAAAUGCAUUAUUUUUUGGCACAUUUUUACAAAUAAAAUGUUAUCUAGAAUAAAAA